GUUGCAAGCCGGCCCAAGCUUGUUAAGAGCUGCUCGUUGCGCUCCCCAAUUAUUUCGCUUUACAGUUCUUCAUCCUCAUCCUCAUCCUCAUCCUCUCACUCUCUGUCUUUUUUCCAUCAUCUUGAGCGUGUCAUAUUAUACCCCCUUACAUAUUUGAAUAACACAUCACACAUUCACACCAUGGCAGACCAGUUGAGAUACGACGGCCAAGUUGUUGUCGUCACUGGUGCUGGCGGUGGCCUCGGAAAGGCAUAUGCUACUUUCUUCGGCUCCCGUGGUGCCAGCGUCGUCGUCAACGAUCUUGGUGUUACUUCCAAGGGUGAGGGCAACUCAUCAAAGGCCGCCGAUGUUGUCGUCAACGAGAUCAAGGCCGCCGGUGGCAAGGCUGUUGCCAAUUACGAUUCAGUAGAGAACGGCGAGCGCAUCAUCGAGACCGCCAUCAGCGCUUUCGGCCGAAUCGACAUCCUCAUCAACAACGCUGGUAUCCUACGCGAUGUUAGCUUCAAGAACAUGAAGGAUGAGGAUUGGGAUCUUAUCUACAAGGUACACAUUAAGGGCUCAUACAAGUGCGCCCGCGCUGCUUGGCCUCAUUUCCGCAAGCAAAAAUAUGGCCGUGUUAUCAACACCGCCUCGGCUGCUGGCCUCUUUGGCAACUUCGGCCAGACCAACUAUUCCGCCGCCAAGCUCGCCAUGGUUGGUUUCACAGAGACUCUCGCCAAGGAGGGUAUCAAGUAUGGCAUUCUCGCCAAUGUCAUUGCCCCCGUCGCGGCUAGCCGAAUGACCGAGACCAUCAUGCCUCCUGAUGUGCUCGCCAACCUCAAGCCUGAAUGGGUUGUGCCUCUCGUUGCUGUUUUGGUCCACAAGAACAACACAGAGGAGACUGGUGGUAUCUUUGAGGUUGGCGGCGGCCACGUGGCCAAGCUCCGAUGGGAGCGAUCUAGCGGUCUCCUCCUCAAGGCUGACGACUCAUAUACUCCCGGUGCCAUUAUUAAGAACUGGAACAAGGUUGUCGACUACUCCAACCCUCAGUACCCUACGGGACCCAACGAUUUCCUCACAUUGCUUGAGGAGUCUAUGAAGAUGGGACCUUCAGAGCAGGGUGAGAAGCUCGACUUCGCUGGCCGUGUCGCUCUCGUCACUGGUGGUGGUGCUGGUAUUGGUCGUGUUUACGCUCUGGCCUUUGCCAAGCACGGCGCUUCAGUUGUGGUCAACGAUCUUGCUGAUCCUGAGCCCGUGGUUGCUGAGAUCAAGAAGCUCGGCGGCAAGGCCGUUGGUGUGAAGGCCUCAGCUGAGGACGGCGAGAAGGUUGUCAAGGCUGCUAUUGACGCCUUUGGCCGUAUUGAUAUCGUCAUCAACAACGCCGGCAUCCUCCGCGACAAGGCUUUCUCCAACAUGAACGAUGAGCUCUGGGACCCUGUCCUGAACGUGCAUCUCCGAGGCACCUAUAAGGUCACCAAGGCUGCUUGGCCUUACUUCCUCAAGCAGAAGUACGGACGUGUCCUGAACACUACUUCAACCAGUGGUAUCUAUGGCAACUUUGGCCAGGCCAACUACGCUGCUGCUAAAUGUGGUAUCCUUGGUUUCUCUCGAGCUCUUGCCCUUGAGGGCCAGAAGUACGGCAUCUACGUUAACACUAUCGCCCCCAAUGCCGGCACUGCUAUGACUGCCACCAUCAUGCCCGAGGAGAUGGUCCAGGCUUUCAAGCCUGACUACAUUGCUCCCCUUGUCCUCGCUCUCUGCAGUGACAAGUGCCCCACCCCUACUGGUGGUUUGUACGAGGUUGGCAGCGGCUGGUGUGGCCAGACUCGAUGGCAACGAACCGGUGGCCAUGGCUUCCCCGUUGAUGUCACUCUCACCCCUGAGGAGGUUGUUAAGAACUGGAAGGACAUUGUCACCUUUGACGGCCGUGCCGACCACCCCUCCAAGUCCCAGGACUCGAUCGGUAAGAUUAUGGCCAACUUGGAGAACCGCUCUAAGCCUAAGGAGUCAUCUGGCGAGACCAACUACCUCAAGGUUAUCGAGGAGACUCUCAAGAAGGAGGGCAAGCCUACUGAGUACAAGUACGAGGAGCGCGAUGUCAUCCUCUACAACCUUGGUGUCGGUGCCAAGCGCACUGAUCUCAAGUACGUCUUCGAGGGCUCAGAUGACUUCCAGGUUCUUCCUACCUUUGGUGUCAUCCCUCCUUUCAACGCGGAGAUGCCAUUCGAGUUUGACAACAUUGUGCCCAACUUUUCUCCUAUGAUGCUGCUCCACGGUGAGCAAUAUCUUGAGAUCCGCAAGUUCCCCAUCCCUACCAGUGCUCGCCUUGUUACCCGAGGUCGUCUCCUCGAGGUCAUCGACAAGGGUAAUGCCUCUAUCGCCCGAAGCUCCACCACUACCGUUGACGCCAACACUGGUGAGGACGUUUUCUACAACGAGUCCAGCGUCUUCCUCCGUGGCGCUGGUGGUUUCGGCGGUCCUAAGCGCGGUGCUGAUCGUGGUGCUUCCACUGCUGCCAACAAGCCUCCUGCUCGUGCCCCCGAUGUUGUCGUUGAGUCACCUACCCACGAUGACCAGGCUGCCAUCUACCGCUUGAGCGGUGACUACAACCCUCUUCACAUCGACCCUGCCUUCGCCAAGGUCGGUGGCUUCAAGGCCCCUAUUCUUCACGGUCUCUGCUCCUUCGGCAUCGCUGGAAAGGCCGUCUACGAGCGCUUCGGUGCCUUCAAGAACAUUAAAGUCCGUUUUGCUGGUGUUGUCAUUCCUGGUCAGACUCUUGUCACGGAAAUGUGGCGAGAAGGCAACAAGAUCAUCUUCCAGACCAAGGUUAAGGAAACUGGCAAGCCUGCCAUCGCUGGAGCGGCUGCUGAGCUCAGAACCGACGGCAAGAGCAAGCUCUAAACAAAAAUUCAGCACGGUCAACGGAGUUUUUACAAUGGGAUAUGCAUGUACCAUCAUAAAGUUUGUAUUGUAGUUGAGUGAUGUGAUUCUUAUCAUGUCCUGUUUUGCCCAAUCUUAUAUGCCAAUUUCAAUACCAAUUUCUUAAAUUUAUA